AUGACUGGGCAACUCGAGACUCAGAACGACGACGUUCAGGAUCCUAGUUUGUUCCUGAUGCAGAAAUCAACAAUGCACCGCGGAGGUUGUUGGCGAGAAAAUAUCACGAUGGCGUGGAAGACUCGACUGUCUGCCCAGCCGGUUGGCAUGGCCCGCGGUUGUGGAGGAGUGUGCGUGGGCGUGGACGUGGACGUGGGCGUGUUUGAGGAGGAGUGUAUGGGUGAACAGUAA